CCCGCGGCCUGGUGUCUGGUUUACGUGGCGUUUCCUCAGUCGGUUUCCCACCUCUCCUGUCCCGAGUCCCCGGCCCCGGGAGGCGAGGGCCGGCCUGGGGCGCAUCCCCGCCUCGUCCCGCCGCCCCUGGGCCUCCCUCAGCCACGCGGCCCCAGAGCCCUGGUGGGCUCCGCCGGUGCCGGGCUGGUCCCGGUGACCGCAGCGGGGACUCGGGGCUGCGCCGGCGGCUGCCGCGUCUCCUGCAGGCCCGAGCCCGAGAGCCGCGCGGCGGCGUCCUCUCCCCGCAGAACGCAGAGCCUCGCUGGCGUCGGGUCCCGGGGCCCGAGCCUCGCGCUGCCUCUGUGCUGGUCCUUUCCUUCCAGGCGGGCUUAAUUAUAAUGGCCCGGGCACGUAUAUUGAAACCGAUUUGUCAUUUUAUGGCUAAGGGGACGAGCCAAAUAAUCUUUCUCUAUUAAUGCUGUGAAUUUUACUAAUCAGGGAUUCAGUUUUCUUGUUUGUUUUUGUGAUGCUGGAGAUUGAACCAAGAAUCUCACACAACAUCCCCAGCCUUUUUAAACGUAUUUUUAAAAUUUGAGACUGGGUUCUCGCUGAGUUGUCCAGACUGGCCUGGAAUUUGUGAUCCCCUUGCUUCUUCCUUCCAAGUGGCUGGGGUUACAGGUGUGCAGCACUGGCCCUGGCACUUGGGAUUUUUAUAUUCAGUGCUUUAUUCCCCAUGACUGCAUGUGAUAGGGACUUGGUGACAUUUGAGGAUGUGGCUGUGGACUUCACCCAACAGGAGUGGGCUUUGCUGGAUCUUGCUCAGAGGAGCCUCUACAGAGAUGUGAUGCUGGAAACCUUCCAGAACCUGGCCUCACUAGUCAUAUGGUGGAGAACAUCUGUGAAUACAAUGAAGAAAAUCAACGUGGACAAAUUCCAAAUCUUAUGCUCAAGAGAAGUACUGAAGUCAGAUCCUUUGAAUGCCAUGAGUGUGGCAAGGCCUUCCUAUUCCAUUCAUCCCUUGAGAAUCACAGCAGAUCUCAUGCUGGAAACAAACCCUAUCAGUGUAAGGAAUGUGGGAAAGCCUUCCAUUUUCUUGCUUGUUUUAAGAAGCACAUGAAAACUCCCACUUGAAGAGAAACCAUAUGAAUGUAAGGAAUGUAUGAAAGCCUUCAGUUGCUCCUCCUUGUUCAGGGCACACAUGAAGAUUCACAGCGAAAAGGCAAACUAUGAAUGUAAGGAAUGUGGGAAAACCUUCAGUAGUUCUUCAUACCUCACAGAACACAGAAGAAUUCACAGUGAAAAUAAGCCCUAUGAAUGUAAGGAAUGUGGGAAGACCUUUGCCUGUUCCUCUCACCCUGUAACACAUGUAAGAACUCACACUGGAGAGAAGCCUUAUAAAUAUAAAGAGUGUGAGAAAGCCUUCUAUGAGUCCUCAAGACUCAGUAUAUGUGUAAGGAUUGUGGGAAGGCCUUUAAUUUUUUCUUAUCCCUCACCCCACAUGAAAGAACUUAUAGCAGAAAGAGACCUUAUCACUGAAAAGAAUGUGGGAAAACCUUUGUUAGUUCCUCUUAUCUUACUGCACACAGAACUCACACAUGGAGAAAACACUAAAAUAUAAAGGAUGUGGGCAAGUAUUUUGACGUUCUUCCUAUUAUACAUGCAAGAAUUCACACUGGAGUAAAAUCCUUUGAAUGUCUGGAAUGUAGGAGUCUCCAUUUUUCCAUCUUUUGAAGACAUGUGAGAAGCCACACUGGAGAGAAACUGUAUGAGAAAGUGUCUCAGCUAUGUGGAACCACAAAAUUUAACACUUGUAUCAGAAUUCCUCCUUCUGGGCUUCUCAGAGGAUUCACAAAUGCAGCCCGUCCUCUUUGGAUUGUUCCUGUCCAUGUACCUGGUCACAGUACUUGGGAACCUGCUCAUCAUCCUGGCUGUCAGCUCUGACUCCCACCUCCACACCCCCAUGUACUUCUUCCUCUCCAACCUGUCCUUGGCUGACAUCUGUUUUACCUCCACCACCAUCCCGAAGAUGAUUGUAGACAUUCAGAUUCACCGCAGAGUUAUCUCCUAUGUGGGCUGUCUGACACAGAUGUCCAUUCUUAUUCUUUUUGGAUGUUUGGAUAGUCUGCUUCUGACUGUGAUGGCCUAUGACCGGUUUGUGGCCAUCUGUCACCCGCUGCACUACUCAGUCAUCAUGAAUCCCCACCUUUGUUUCUUGCUGGUUUUGGUGUCUCUUUUCAUCAGCAUUUUGGACUCCCAAGUGCACUGCUGGAUGGUGUCACAACUGACCUUCUUCUUGAAUGUGGAAAUACCUCACUUCUUCUGUGACCCUUCUCAGUUAUUAAACCUUGCAUGUUUUGAAAUUCCCACCUACAACAUAUUCAUCUAUAUAUUCGGUGCCAUCUUUGGUGGUAUUCCAGUCUCAGGGAUCCUUUACUCUUACACUCAAAUUGUUUCCUCCAUUCUGAAAGUCCCAUCAACAGGUGGGAAAUUCAAAGCUUUCUCCACCUGUGGCUCUCAUCUGUCAGUAGUUUGCUUAUUUUAUGGGACAGGUCUUGGGGUGUACCUCAGUUCAGCUGUCUCACAUUCCCCCAGGAAGGGUGUAGUGGCCUCAGUGAUGUACACUACAGUCAUUCCUUUGCUCAACCCCUUCAUAUACAGCCUGAGGAACAGGGACAUCAAGAGGUCCAUAAAGAGGUUUCUCAGAAGAAGAGCAUAA